AAAUGCGCCUUGUCGCUUUUACGUUACUAUGGUUUCUGGUACGGUGUGGGCCUAGUGUUGGUGUGUUACCGCUUUCAUGGUGCGGGUUAUGGCUAAUUCAGUGAAACGAGAAUCGGUGGAGGCUGGUAAGAUGUACUGUCCGCUAGAUGGUUCUAAAAAGGUGGUGCGAGGGAUUUUCGGAGCAUUGCAGCGCUGUGCCGCCCAGCUUAAACUGCCUGAGGAUGCAAUGUGUUUUUCCAGUGACUGGAACAACUUCCAAUGCCUGCCAGACUUGCAGCCAUCAUUCCUAUGUUCUGUUCUUCAGCAGCACAUCUCUGACUUGCAGCCUCUUUUAGAGCAACUUCAACAACUUGAUAAAGGACGCCCUGUGCGGAAACCUAAUUUAGAGACAGCAGGAGGAGGUCAUAGUUGUGAAGCAGCAGUAACCCAUGAAGAUUUUGGCAAGGUUUCAUCCUCACCUGUAACAGAUAACUUUAAAGAAAAUAGUAGUGAGCUUGUCAAUACUGCAAUAGUCCAGAUAAAAGCAAAGAAAGCAGAAAUCGACAGAAGGAUAUUGGCAUUCAUUGAGAGAAAGCAAGCAGAGAUCAAUGAAAACAACGUCCGGGAGUUCUGCAACGUUAUUGAUUGUAAUCAAGAAAACAGUUGUGCCAGAACAGAUGCUGUUUUUACUCCAUACCCUGGAUUCAAGAGCCAUAUAAAAGUCUCCAGAGUUGUCAACACUUACGGACCUCAAACUAGAAAUAAUGCUACAGGCUCCAACUCCAGAGGAAAUCUUCUCUCUCGAGACUGUGGGAAUCAGUCUGUUGAAGAACGACUUCAGAACAUGGAAGGCCACUUACGGUUAGAGACAGGAGGACCUGUGCCAAAAGACAUUUACCAACGAAUUAAAAAACUGGAGGACAAGAUCUUGGAAUUAGAAGGGAUUUCUCCAGAAUAUUUUCAGUCAGUUAAUGUGUCCACUAAAAGAAAAAAACAUGAGGCAUCUCAGAGCUACUCCUUGGCAGAAAUUGACCAGAAAAUCAACGCACUCAGACAGUCUCUCCUGCAUAAAGGCACUACUGUUAUGACUUCAGCUGGAGAUGCAAUGACAUCAUAAUUAUUUUAAUUAUAACAUUUAUUAUAUUUAAAAUGUAAAUGCUGUAUAUAUGUGUUUUCUUUACCGUAUGUUUGUUAUUGAAACCCAUUAGUGGCACAAUUAUAUAUGAAUGUUGAAUUUCAUAACAUAUGCUACUGCAGAUUUAAAGUGGAGAUUUCAAAUUGAAUUACAAGGUUUUUGCAAUAUACAUGAUUUUUUGCAAACAUUUUUUUAAUGUCACUAUGGCAGUAGAUCUUGUACACACAUUCUGCUCCCACUGAUGUCCCAAACGAAAGGAUUUGUGUGACAUUCCAAGCACCUGAAUCAUUGAUGGGGUAUAAUGCAUGUUUGUACCUUUGUGGUGACAGCAGGGCUUGUGCCCAGUAAUUGUUAUUACUGAAGCAGUAAUAACUUUUAAAAUUAACAUUUUGCAAAAGGAAAAAGGAAUUUUGCAGAAAUCCUUCUAAUGAUUAUGUAAAUUCACUGAUGUGUAUUUAAAAUUCCACAUUUGCAUCCAUUUAGACCACUGGUUUUCAAACCUGUCCUCAGGUUUUCAGGAUUACCUUUGAUAAGAGCUGGUUAAUAACCAUGUUUACUUAACAUCUGAUUUUUUUAACCUGAUCUCUAGUUUUAUAUCCUCAAAAUGUGGCCUGUUAGUGAGGCCUGAGGACAGGUUUGAAAACCAGUGCUUUAGAUGGAGUUUUUUUUUUAAUGAACAUGCAUUCUGUUAUAGGUAUGUAAAAGCUGUUUUAUGUAGUAUUUGAUGUUACACCACACAGACUUUUGUAUCUAAACUUGAAGUAUUAAAAAAUAUUUUAUUAAUCUUUGUUAAAAGUUGCUAAGUGUAUUUCAUUAGCUUCUAGUGUUUUUUUUGUUGUUUGUUUUUUGUUUUUUUGUGUAAGCAUUGGCUGAAAAUAAAAUCUUGAAUUUUCA